AACAGCGGCAGCCUCCAACUUCCUGCCUUAUCCUUCCUCCUGUUCGACUCGCCUCAUCUGAGCGCCUUGUGCCUCCUGCACGCCGGGGCGGAACGAGCCUCUCCGGCCGAAGACUCCCGAGCGAGCCCUCCGACUUCCAUGUGGAUUGUUCGCGGUUCCUGCUUGUUGGAGCCAGCGAGGGUUUUCGGCGGCGGCAGCAGCAGCAGCAGCAGCGGCCGGCCGGUCGGCCGGCCUCGGUGGCUUGCAGCGGGCUCGGCCUUUUCCCAUCACCGUCAACGCUUCGGUCGCGGAGAGGAGGAGGAGGCGGAGGUGGAGGAGGAGGAGGAGGAGCGGGCCUCGCGGCCACCAUCGCCCCGAGAUUGCAGCGCUGUCGCCGGGCGUGGAUGAGCCGCCGGAGCCGAGCCAGAGAUGGCUGUUCUCAAACUGGCCGACCAGCCUCCACUCAUCCAGGCCAUCUUCAGCGGAGAUGCCGAGGAGAUCCGAAUGCUCAUAUACAAGUCUGAAGACAUCAACGCUCUGGAUGCUGAGAAGCGCACUCCGCUCCAUGCAGCGGCCUUUCUGCGCGAUGCCGAAAUCACCGAACUCCUCAUCCUUUCCGGUUCUCGUGUCAACGCCAAGGACAACAUGUGGCUCACCCCCCUCCAUCGCGCCGUGGCGUCACGCAGUGAGGAGGCAGUGCGAGUGUUGAUCCGUCACUCGGCCGAUGUCAACGCCCGAGACAAGAACUGGCAGACGCCGCUCCAUGUGGCGGCGGCUAAUAACGCGCUGCGCUGCGCCGAGAUCAUCAUCCCGCUGUUGAGCAGCGUGAACGUGUCGGACCGCGGCGGGCGCACCGCAUUGCACCACGCUGCCCUCAAUGGCCACACAGAGAUGGUGAACCUCCUCCUUGCCAAAGGAGCCAACAUCAACGCUUUUGACAAGAAGGAUGGACGAGCUCUACACUGGGCCGCCUUCAUGGGUCAUUUGGAUGUGGUGUGUCUGCUGGUGAGUCAGGGGGCGGAGCUCUGCUGUAAGGACAAGCGAGGGUACACACCGCUGCAUACGGCGUCAUCUAGUGGACAGAUGGCAGUGGUGAAGCAUCUGCUCAACCUGGCCGUGGAGAUCGACGAGUCCAACGCCUUCGGCAACACGCCGCUGCACGUGGCCUGUUUUAACGGCCAGGACGCCGUCGUCAGCGAGCUCAUCGACUACGGCGCGAACGUCAGCCAGCCCAACAACAAAGGCUUCACGCCGCUGCACUUUGCUGCCGCUUCCACUCACGGAGCGCUCUGUUUGGAAUUCCUUGUCAACAACGGUGCCGAUGUCAACGUACAGAGUCGAGAUGGGAAAAGUCCUCUCCACAUGACGGCGGUGCAUGGUCGCUUCACUCGCUCUCAGACUCUCAUCCAGAAUGGCGGCGAGAUCGACAGCGUGGAUAAGGACGGCAACACGCCACUGCACGUCGCCGCCCGCUACGGCCACGAGCUCCUCAUCAACACGCUCAUCACCAGCGGAGCCGACUGCAACAGGCGAGGCGGCCACGGCAUGUUCCCGCUGCACAUGGCUGCCUUGAACGCUCACUCGGACUGCUGCCGCAAACUGCUCUCAUCAGGCUUUCAUAUCGACACCCCCGACAGUCAGGGGCGGACCUGCCUGCACGCCGCCGCCGCCGGAGGCAACGUGGAGUGUGUCAAGCUGCUCUUGACGAGCGGCGGCGACCACAACAAGAGGGACAAUUGCGGCAGGACAUCGCUGCACUAUGCCGCCGCCAGCCGGCACUAUCAGUGUCUGGAGACCCUGGUGGCUUGCGGCACGGCCAUCAAUGCCACCGACAAGUGGGGGCGCUCCGCUCUGCAUUACGCUGCAGCUUCGGACCUGGACAGACGGCGACGUGUUGCUCUGGAGCCUGAGAGUGAAGGAGUCCAGGCAGAGAGGGAGAAAGAGGCAGCUGUAUGUUUGGAAUUCCUGCUUCAGAGCGGAGCGACGGCCUCGCUCAAAGACAAACAAGGAUACAGCCCUGUUCACUAUGCUGCAGCCUACGGACACAAGCGCUGCCUGGAGCUGGUGCUGGACAGAGACGACGGUUACCACGACGACCUUGAAUCCCCCAACGCCAGGAGCCCCCUGCAUCUCGCGGCAUACCACGGCCACACGCAGGCCCUCGAGGUGCUGCUGCAGGGGGAGAGGGAGCUGGACCGGGGGGACGAAGCCGGCCGCACCCCCUUGGCUAUGGCGGCACUCCGGGGCCACGCAGACUGCGUUCACAUCCUCCUCAGCCAAGGGGCGUCGCCGCGCACUUGCGACCCGCGGCAUAGGCGCACUCCCGUUCACCUGGCAGUGACUAACGGUCACGUGACGUGUUUGCGCCUUUUGCUGGACGAAUCGGACAGCGCGGAUCUCGCAGACGUCGCCGACUCUCAGGGACAGACACCUCUGAUGCUAGCUGUGGCCGGGGGUCACGUCGACGCCGUGUCGCUGCUGCUUGAGCGGGAGGUGGACGUCAACGUGGCCGACAAGCACGGCAUGACCGCGCUGCACCUCGGGCUGCUGUGCGGCCAGGAGGAGUGCGUCCAGUGUCUGCUGGAGCAGGAGGCGUCCAUCUUGUUGGGCGACGCGCGGGGUCGCACCGCCAUCCACCUGGCGGCGGCAAGAGGCCACGCCUCCUGGCUGAGCGAGCUGCUCGGCAUGGCCUGCCCCGAACCCGACUCGCUGCCCCCACUCCGAGACCAUCACGGCUACACGCCGCUGCACUGGGCCUGCUAUCACGGUCACGAGGGGUGUGUGGAGGUACUACUGGAGCAGAAAGGUUGUCGCUGCAUUGAUGGGAACCCGUUCACGCCGCUGCACUGUGCUGUGGUAAACGAUCAUGAGGCCUGCGCAUCUUUGCUGCUGGAGGCAAUGGGAUCAGACAUCGCCGGCUGCAAGGACGAUAAGGACAGGACUCCCCUACACGCAGCAGCAUUCUCCGGUCACGUGGACUCUGUCCAGCUGCUCCUUUCCCAUGACGCACCAGUUGACGCCGUGGACCAAUCGGGUCGCACCGCGCUGAUGAUGGCAGCUGAGAAGGGCCGCGUCGGAGCACUCGAGGUUCUGCUGAACAGCGCCACCAGCUGCCUCCAUUAUGCCGACAAAGACAGCAACACCGCCCUGCAUCUAGCGUGUAAAAAUGGAAUGGAAGACUGUGUCCUGCUUAUUCUGGAGAAGCUGUCCGAUUCAGCGCAAAUAAACGCCACGAACGCUGCGCUCCAAACGCCUCUCCACCUUGCGGCUCGUAGCGGACUCAAACAGGCAGUCCAGCAGCUGCUGUCCCGCGGAGCCAACAUUCAGACGGUGGACGAAAACGGUUUGACCCCCGCUCUGGCUUGCGCGCCCAGCCGAGAGGUUGCCGACUGCCUGGCGCUUAUUCUGGCUACCAUGAUGCCUUUCUGCUCCCCUUGCAGCUCCGGCGCCCCCUCCCCUGGCGCCCUGCUGAGGCAGCUGCCCCCUAAGGCGCACAAAGACCCCGCCGCGGCCGCCGCCCCCCAGGGCCCACGCAGCACCAGGAACCCCUCGGGACCCUCCAGUGAGGGGACCACGGAGAACGAUUCUGAGGAUUCGGAAACUUUCUGACCCUUUCUGGGUGCCACAAUUCCUCUCUAUGCCAUCUUUCCAAGAAGAAGUUGAUGUGGGUCAUUUGCAUCUGUUCUUCUUUCUAAACACAGGUGCUCAGAAUCCAAACUGACCUCGGUACUUGGUCUCUGGGUGGCGGCGUGUUUCGCCUCCAAAACGUCCGUGUCUUUCUCAAGCAAGAGCAAGAAGCCAUUUUUACCAGGUUUUUUUGUACAAAUUAAAACCGAAAGGUCAAUGUAAUUUUUGCUUUUAUUGAUAUUUUGGUUUUAUGUACGAAAUAAGCAGCCUUUACACAAUAAUAAUAAUGUUGCUAGUUAACAUUCACUGAAAAGGACAUGGCCGAUUAAGUCAUGCAUAAUUGCAAAAGGAGACGAAGUCAACUCGUUACCUGAAACACAAAUCGGCGUUGUUGUAAUCUUACAAAAAAAAAGUCACUAUUUCAUCAGCGUAAAAUUACAAGUUCUAGUUUCACAGGAAAAGAUUUGGAGAUAUAAAACAUAAUUUCAAGAGAAUAGUAUUAUUAAAUUGUAAUUUCAUGAGAAAGAAGUUACAACAUAAGUCAAUUUCAUGACAAAGUUGGAAAUUGAAAAAAAAGCAAAAAAUAAAGAAGUCCAUAAUUUUACAAUAAGGGCAUAUAAUUGUGAGAAAAACUGAAUAGUCUGAAUAAGGAAGUUGUAAUUUUACAGGAAUGAAGUUGUUAUAUUACAAGCAAUUUUUUGGAGCAGACUUGUAAUAUGAAAAGAAUAGUCACAAUAUUACAAUGAAAACCUUUUUAUGAGUAUUGUUAUACUGUAUGAGAGUCGUUUUAUUUAUUCUUUGUUACUUGAAGCACAAACUGUGACUUGUUGUGUAGGAAAGAUUCCCAAAAUGUGUGCACACUUUCUCGCCCCUUUCGUGCACUCCUUGCAUGCCGACAUUUGUGAGUCAGGGUAGCCAACGUUAGCCUCUUAAUACAAAAAAUUAAAUAAGAGAUUUUGCCUAAUAACAUUCCUGUUAAUCAUGCAAGUUCUCCUGACAGGUGUCUUCCUCUAUUCAUUAUUUAUAAAUCUAUUUUUAUUGACAUGAUGGUACAGAAACUGCCAGCACUUCAAUGUAAAACUUAGGCCUCCGCAUGACUAGCUACCAGCAACGUGCCAUCAAUUGUGUGCAGUGCCUUGACGUUUUUUUUUAAGAGAACAAUCACAUACAGUAUAUAAAAGUUCUCAGGUCACAGGAAAUUUGUCAUUAUUGUACGAAUUGUCAAGACGUGGUAAUGGGACUCUUACUAAAAAGUUUAAAGGACCCACUGAAAAUAAAAUGUGAGAAUAAUAUUGUAAUAACAUGACAAAAUUCAGAACAGCUUAAAAAAAAAGUAAUCAUAGUAGUAGAGAACGGCAAGUGGUAUCGGGGCCAAUAGCGGCCUUAUUUCAGGGUAUCAUGUACUCGUGAAGCCGGCCGAUACCAGCCACCAGCACCGAAGGCAAAAUAAUCUGACAUCACUGACAAGUCCUCCUUGCCAGUAGAUGGCGCUACACUGUGGCAAAUCAUCAUGUGCGUCACACGGAAAGAAAGGACUGUGUUAAUUGAAACUUUAUGCAUCCGAAGUACUCAUGGGAUCAGUGAGUACCUCAGAGUUGAUACGUGUCCUGUGAUUGAUCUGGAAAAAAAAAAAGUGGGAUUGAACAUCCCUAAAUACAAGACAAAAA